GUACAGAAUCCUUUCUUCAGAUAAGACCAGCUGCAGGUUGCGAUGGGAAACACGGACAGUCAGAGCGGCUUCGUCCCUCCGGCAAAGUCGUCCUCCUCGCUCAGGUUCUCCUCUAGAAGGGAGGAGGUGCCGUCGGCUCGCAGCUGGUGGAGGAGCAGUCAGGGAGGCAGCAGGAGCCGGGGGAGGACGUAUAUGAACCAGCAUGCCGCCGGCCCGCCGUACACCUCCUGGCAUUAUGAACACGCAACCAGAGGAGGCUCCAAACUGGGAGCCGGCUCUCCUCAGAGGUUUAUCAGAGGGAACCAGUUCGGUUACUUGGAUAACGGAGGGGGGAGUAACGGCGGGUGUGGUGAGCGGACGUCCCUGGAGAGCGGUGGCGGUGGUGGCAGCCCCAAGGUGCUGCUCAGCAAAGAUGGCAGCAUGAGGGUGGAGUUCACCAACACCAGGGGAGUCCCCAUGGAGCCCCAGGGGCUCACCACCACCGCUGCCCCCCCAGUUGCAGAACCCUCCCUCCGCACAAGUAAAGGCAGCUCGCUCAGCUCCGACGGCUCCUGGUACGACUCGCCGUGGGGGGCCGGCGGUGAGCUGGUGGACAACGUGUUUGUCUGCGGGCCGAGUGUAGCUAACAGCAGUGGGUACACCACCUACUCUUCCUCCCGCACAGAGGAGACGGCCACCGACAGCAGCGGCUACAACACCGUCUUCUCAGCGCAGGUGGAUAUCUCACCGGGAUUUAACUCCAACCUCCUCUUCCCCGCCGCGCAGACCGUCAAGUUCACCGCCGCCGCCGGUUACAACACCUGCUCCUCCGGGCGAACGGAAGACAGCGGCAUCGGAGACUCGCUGAUCCUGCAGGCCGACAUGAGAGACUUCAGCCUGGCUUCACCUUCCUCCACCUCCCUGGACAGCGUUUACCACAACGCGCUGCCCGCCUUCCUCACCACACCGGACGCCUCCCUGCAGCGGAGGACCGCCUCCUCCUCGUCCUCGGCGCUGAUGCUGGAUGAUGUCAUCCAGGAGGAGGAGGGGUCAGGAGGAGGUGUGGAGCAGCGUUACUCCUCCAUGACGCUUCCCUGUCGCAGGGCCGAGGCCGCAGCCCCCCCCUCCACCUCCUCCGGGAACAGCCGCAAAGACUUCCUGAAGAGCCGAAUUCGACGACUCAGCGACUGGACAGGAAGUCUGAGCAGGAAGAAGAGGAGGAUCCAGGAGCCGUACGGCAGCGACACCAGUGAAGUUUUCAUCGACGGGUCGGACUCGUGGCGUGUUGGCUGCGGCACACUGUGGUCCUCCAACCCUCUGCAAACUCAGAACCAGAACCAGUUCCCAGCGGUCCACUGUGGCUCUUCCAGGAGCCUGAACCAGAACCAGAGCGGCGAUGUCCAGCGGCAGAACGUCUACGAGAACUUCAUGCAGGAGUUGGAGACGGGCUGCAGCAGCGUGGCGGACCGCACCGAGCCGUCGGAGGAGGAAGAGGAGGAAGAGGAGGAUGAAGAGGAGGAGGAGGAGGAGGAUGGAGAUGGGGAAGAGGAGGGGGGGGGAGGCGAGCAGCUGGACGUCCUGUUUGACAAGGAGCAGGGCGCGGUGCGACGGGCCGGAUGGCUCUCCUUCAAAGCUCUCAUCACAGUCAGCAAGGACAGGAAGCUGGAGCUGGUGGCUCGCCGCAAGUGGAGACACUACUGGGUCACACUCAAAGGUUGCUCUCUGCUGUUUUAUGAGACUUACGGGAAAAGCGUGAGCGCUGAGCAGGAGCUUUCUCCUCGCUACGCUCUGCUGGCCGACGACAGCAUCGUGCAGGCCGUCCCCGAACAUCCCAAGAAGGAACACGUCUUCUGUCUGAGCAACUCACACGGAGACGUCUACCUGUUCCAGGCCACCAACCAGACCGACCUGGAGAACUGGGUGACGGCGAUCCACUCUGCGAGCGCCUCGCUGCUGGCCAAGCGUCAGGGGAAGGAGGACACGCUGCGCCUGCUGCGCUGCGAGAGCCGCUCGCUGCUGCACAAGAUCGACAUGGACGGGAAGAUGAAGAAGAUGGCGGAGCUGCAGCUGUCCGUCAUCAAGGAGCAGAAGAACAGGAAGGCCGUGGAGAGCCAGAUCCAGCAGUGGGAGCAGAACCUGGAGAAGCUGAACCUGGAUCUGUUCCGGCUGCGCUGCUAUCUGUCCAGCCUGCAGGGCAGCGAGCUGCCCAACCCCAAGAGCCUCCUCGCUGUGGCCGGCCGGCCCUCCAAGAGCAUGCUGGGACGCCUGGGAGUCUUCUCCGUGUCCUCCUUCCAUGCUCUGGUGUGCAGCAGAGACAAGGGGACGCUGAGGCGGCGCUAUCGCUCCGUGUCCGGAGGAGGUGGCAGGAGGAGGGGGGGGCUGCCGUCCUCUCUGAAGGAGCUGGACGCACUGAAGACGCGCAUCAGGGACGGCAGACACACGGCCCAGAGAGAGGCGGCGCCCCCUGCAGGACGUCCUGCAGCUCUACAGCCGUCAGAAGCUUUUACUCUGAACGUCCGUCGACUCGACGCUGCCAAAGACUUUGGUUUUGCAGUGACGGGUCACGUGGACGGAGCGGGCGAAAGUCACGUCUACGUCAGCGAGGUCGACCCGCUGGGCCCGUCGGCCGCAGGAGGCCUCAGGGCGGGAGACGAGGUCCUGGCUGUGAACGGGGCUGUGGUGUCGGCUCUGGACCUGGACCUGAUGCAGAGUCUCUUCAGCCCCCAGAAGCUGCAGCUACUGCUCAGGAGGGACGAGGAGCCCGCGGAGCCCCCGGCCCCCCCCCGCCCCCCCCUUCUGCAGACGGUUGUCCUGCUUCCUGUUUGUGACGGCGAGCUGCAGAGACGGGAGGACGAGGAGAUGCUGGAGGAGGAGGAGGAGGGCGGCGGCGUGCUGCAGCGGGCCGCCUGCUGCCUGAGCUGCCGGCAGCCGGCCGAGAGCCUCGUACUGCUGAACGUGGAGCGGGUUCACGCUCUCUAUCAAACCUUCCCAGAAUGCCGAGCGGCAGAGACUGAUGUUCCCAGGAACCCGUACAGCCGGGAGGCCGGCCUGCAGCCCCCGAGCCCCGCCCACCUCAGUGUGUGUCAGCGUCUGCGGAAAGUCAUCCAGGAGCUGGUGGACACCGAGAAGUCCUACGUCAAGGACCUGGUGUGUCUGUUCGAGCUGUACCUGACGCCGCUGCAGAAGGAGCCCUUCCUCAGUAAAGCAGAGAUGGAGGCGUUGUUCGGCAGCCUGCCGGAGAUGUUGGACUUUCAGAAGGUUUUCCUUCAGACGCUGGAGCAGAGGAUCGCUUCCUGUCCCAACUUCAGCAGCCUAGAGACACCGGGGCAGUUCAAGAAACUCCUGUUUUCGUUGGGAGGGUCUUUCCUGUACUACGCCGAUCACUUCAAGCACUACAGCGGCUUCUGUGCCAAUCACAUCAAAGUCCAGAAGGUCCUGGAGAGAGCGAAGACGGACGGAGCCUUCAAACACUUCCUGGAGGCGAGGAAUCCGACCAAUCAGCACUCGUCGUCUCUGGAGUCGUACCUGAUCAAACCUGUGCAGAGAGUCCUGAAGUAUCCACUGCUGCUGAGAGAGCUGGUGUCUCUGACCGACCCCGAGAGCCCCGAACACACACACCUGACAGAGGCGCUGAGAGCGAUGGAGAAGGUGGCGACUCACAUCAAUGAGAUGCAGAAGAUCUAUGAGGACUACGGCUGCGUGUUCGACCAGCUGGCUGCAGAGCACAGCGCUCCUGACAAACAGGUGACGGAGAUCUCGAUGGGGGAGUUUCUGAUCCACUCGUCGGUGGUGUGGUUGAACCCGCUGCCCUGCCUGGGACGCCUGAGGAAGGAGCCCGAGCUCACGCUGUUUGUGUUCAAGCGAGCCGUCAUCCUGGUUUACCGUGAGAACAUCAAGCUGAAGAAGAGGAUGACGGUGUCUCGCUCAGCUGAUCUGGACCCCUUCAGGUUCCGCUGGUUAAUCCCAGUUUCAGCGGUUCAGGUCAGACCGGCCAACAUCACAGGCUCGGAGAACGAGUGUGUGUGGGAGCUGGUCCACAGCCGGUCGGAGGUGGAGGGCCGACCGGAGACCGUGUUUCAGCUCUGCAGCAGUGGUCUGGAGACGAAGGCCAGCGUACUGCGAGCUUUGCGCUCCCUCCUCAGAGACCGAGCGCCCGCCGGCUCCCUGAGGAGGACCCGGCUGUCGACGGAGAGGAGCAGCUCCUGGAGGAGGAGGCAGCAGCGGUGUCGCUCCGACAGCCAGAGGACCGUGGAGGAGAGCCGCAGGGCCGGCAUCGGCUCCAUCCUGGGAGAAACCUGCUCGGAGCCCCUGCUGCCCCGCCGCGCCGCCUGCGACCCCACCGGGAAGAGAACCAGACUCUGCUCCCUGACCAGCGAGCUGGAGGCCCAGCUGCAGAGGCUGAACUUCACCGAGGAGGAGGCGGAGCGAGGAGCGGCGUCUCAGAGCGGCGACCGGAGGCACGUGGAGAAGAGGCGGAGCUCCAGUCUGCGACGGACCGCUGCAGGGGAAGCACCGGACAUCCUGCUGGAGAGAGACUUCAGCGUGCAGAGCAUGACCUCCAUGAUCAACGAGGACUGUUUCUACGACAGCGUGCUCGGGACACAUCCGGCUGCUGUGCCCACGCUGCAGGGCUGACACGCUGCAGGGCUGACACGCUGCAGGGCUGACACGCCAGCCCGCACGACAAACUCCGGUUACACAACACACCUUAAGUUUUCUCCUUCAGUUUGACACUUACUGCUGUCGCUCACACGGGUCUUCAAAUGUCUGAAAAUACACAAAAAAAACUAUUUAACGCACAAAGCAUGGAAGACAGAACCUCGAGGACUCACCUGAGCUUACAUACCUGCUGAUCAUUAUUUAAUAUCUUCUGUCAGUUUGUCUGUCAGGUUUUUACUUUCUUCACUUUGAGGGAUUCUGUAAUUGAAGAACACCUUAAACAACAAGUGAACAAGUGAAGGGAACUGUAAGGAGAACAUUUAAAGGUGCAACAGAUCUUAAGGUUUUAAAUUCUCACAUCACGAGGAUCUCAUUGAGCAACAUGUGGGAAAUAAAACCUGAGAACCAGCGGAGAAGUUUCAUCAAACUGAAUCUGAUCCUCCCCGUCUGAAGUCAUGAAGUUAUGAACUCAUGAAGUUAUGAAG